ACACUUCCCAGCGUGCCUCGCGACGCAGAGAGGCGAUAAAAGGGGCGGCAGGGCAGGUGUCGCGCCGGAGGGCAGGUGCGGGUGACAGGUUCGGCUCGGAACGGAACCGGUGCUCCCGAGGGAGGCCUCAUGGAGCCACCCGAGAGCGGCCCCCUUACAGCCUCCGCGCUGGAGACGCUGAAGCAGCGGGCGUGCGAGAGUGUGGAUCUGAACGCUGCGCGUCUGGGCGCGCUGAGCCGCGACAUCUGGAGCCGUCCCGAGCUGGCGUACGCGGAGCACCAGGCGCACGACGCCCUGACUCGCUUCUUCUCCGGCGGGGACCUGCCCGGCGCCGCCUGGGCCGUGCAGCCGCGGUACAAGCUGGGCACAGCUUUCCGCGCCGACUGGGGCACGGCGGCCCCGCAGGACCCGCUCCGUCUCGCCUUCCUCUGCGAGUACGACGCGCUGCCCGGGCUCGGGCACGCCUGCGGCCACAACCUCAUCGCCGAGGUGGGCGCCGGCGCCGCGCUGGCGCUGAAGGCCGCCCUGGAGAGCCUGGCAGAGCCCGCGGCCGUGCAGAUCACGGUGCUGGGGACGCCUGCGGAAGAGCAAGGAGGAGGCAAAAUAGACCUGAUCAAGGCUGGAGCGUUCGAUGGCCUGGAUGUGGUUUUCAUGGCGCAUCCCUCGCAAGAAAACGCAGCUUACCUGCCCGACGUGGCCGAGCAUGAUGUGACUGUGAAAUACUAUGGAAAAGCUUCUCAUGCUGCUGCUUAUCCUUGGGAAGGAGUUAAUGCAUUAGAUGCUGCUGUUCUUGCGUACAACAAUCUGUCUGUUUUAAGACAGCAAAUGAAACCGACCUGGAGAGUUCAUGGUGUAAUAAAAAAUGGUGGUGUGAAACCUAACAUCAUUCCUUCUUACACUGAACUCGAGUUUUACUUGCGUGCACCUUCAAGAAAAGAACUUUCUGUUCUGACGGAGAAGGUUGAGAACUGCUUCAAAUCUGCAGCAGUGGCCACAGGAUGCAAGGUGGAAAUAAAAGGUGGUGAAAAUGAUUACUACAAUGUGCUUCCAAAUAAGAGCCUGCAGAAAAUUUACAAGGAGAAUGGAAAGAAGCUAGGAAUAGAUUUUAUAUCAGAAGAUGCUAUCUUGAAUGGCUUGUCAGGUUCCACAGACUUUGGAAAUGUUACAUUCGUGGUCCCUGGGAUUCAUCCUUAUUUUUAUAUUGGUUCUGAUGCAUUGAAUCAUACUGAGCAGUACACAGAAGCUGCAGGGUCACAGACUGCUCAGUUCUACACGUUGCGCACAGCAAAAGCUUUGGCAAUGACAGCACUGGAUGUCAUUUUCAAGCCAGGUCUGUUAGAAGAAGUCAGGGAAGACUUCAGAGAAGUGAAGCUGAAAGAAGAGGAGCAAAUAAAUCCGGUAGAACCUAAAAAAGAAUCUGGUGUUGGUGUAGGAGCAUGUGCAUCACACUAAACUUGAUUAAAACAUUCUCAGUAGGAUUGAGUUUAUGGAGAUGCUGUACUUAAAAUCCCAGUAGGGGCUGGAUAAAUACAUAGCUGAAGAAAUGAUGAUUUUACUUUAUUUGGACUUUAGGAGAAGUAAAUAGUAUCAUUACUUUUAAAAAUGUGAAAUUUCAUGUAGCUGUAAUGUUUGUGUUCACUGCGGUGAUGAUUUUCAUACAGAGAUUUCAAAUAUGUUCUCUUUAAUUUGCAGUGUUGAGUAAAUUAUAGUGUUUAGAUCAUUUGUCAGUGAUUUUCUAUGUAGUGCUAUAGUAAUAUUCCUUAUAAAGGGAGUAUGGCAAUUUUCUGUUCUAAAAUAAGCACUUUUCAUUCAGUGAUCUUGUGCUGAAUCUGAUCUGUGAACCUUUUAUAAAAUUUCUGGUCAGUCACUUUUCUUGGGACAAGAUGGAGACUUAAACCAUGAGCUGGUUUCACUGGAGAGAAGGGGCUAUGUUUGGAAAUACAAUUGGUUUUGAUAAUAGCUUCCAGCAAUGGAAGAGGACUGUUUGUAUGGGAAUGCAAUCUGUAAAGCUUGAUUGUCCUGAAAUGCAUUGAUUUUACUCCUAAUAAAUUUUGGAGGUGUUGCAGAGAAGUCAUGGAUCAAAAAAAUGAAAAGCAGCUAAAUAUUUAAUUGAUUAAAUGAACACUUUUUAACUACUGCAGGAAAAAAUCUGCUCUGAGGCAAUACAGGUGUCCACAAGGUGUAGCAUUAGCUUAUCUGAUCUGAAGGAGAUGUAUGCCCAAACAUGUUAGGAUGUCUUUUAAUUCGCUGGUUAAAGGAUCUUGUGAGUACAAAGAAGUCAGAGAACAGAUGGAGUGAGGAAGCAACUUACUGAUUAACGUUUUCCUAAGCACAGGUAUUACUGUAGGCUCCAGGAAGGAAGGCAAGGCAAGCUGUAUUCCUCAGGAAUAACUGACUUGCAGAAGUAUUUUUUUAACAGCCUUUAAAUGGUAAACUCUAAAAUUCUGGUCAGCAUUUAUAGCUUAUUGAUUUCUAUAUUGACUUUAAUUUUAUGCCAGUAUCCUUGCUUUCAUUAGCAAAAGAUUUUCACAGCUGGCUGUGUGAAACAGAUGAAGGUGGGACUCUGAGCUAUAGAUGUGUCCAGGAUAGUAAGUUGAAUACUAAAUCCAACGAAAUUUCUUCUAAGGUUUGUCAAAGGAACUUUGUCCUUACCCUUUAAUUUACAGUCUGCCUUGUCAGCUCUCACAAUUGCAAUUUAUUAAGACCUACAGGGUUAACAGGCUAGUACAUUGAUUUCCUUGGCACAUGUGACUUCUUAUUUCCUCCUGCAAGAACUGCUUAACUUGUUGCUUUGCUGUUUCUGAGAUGGAAUGUUUGGAUCCCACAUAGGUAGAACAUGCUUUGUUGUUGUGCUUCCUACAAGCUGAUAGGCAUUAAAGCCUUCUCAGUUCUCUUUGUCCAGACUUCUUGGCUGCAUCAUAUCCAAGAUGAGUUAAUUAAACUUCUCUGAACUAAAAGUGUGUCUUCAUUUUGUUGUAAUCAUUGCUGUACUGAAUUGAAGUACUGAUUAAAGAUGAGUUGGUAUUAAUAAAGGAAUUUGAUUGAC